AUGUCGAGCCGUAGGUCACGGUCAAGGCAGUCUGGCUCGUCGAGGAUCACUGACGAGCAAAUCAGCGACCUUGUCUCCAAGUUGCAGGACCUCCUUCCUGAGGCGCGUCUCCGGGGCAAUGAUAGAGUGCCGUCUUCAAGGGUGUUGCAGGAGACGUGCACCUACAUCAGGAGCUUGCACCGGGAGGUGGACGACCUGAGCGAGAGGCUGUCGGAGCUGCUGGCGACCUCGGACAUGAGCAGCGCGCAGGCGGCAAUCAUCCGCAGCUUGCUGAUGUAG